UGAAGAGGAUGUGGUUGAGUCUCCAGUUUUGGAUGAACCAUGGAGGGAACUGCGCUGGGGAGAAAACCAGAUGAACCUUAAAUAUGUGCAGAAAUACAAACCUGCACAAGAUGACAUCAUGUACCUACGAGUCCUCCUGUAUGGACCCGUUGGAGCUGGAAAGUCCAGUUUCAUCAACUCUGUCAGUAACGUCCUCAGAGGMCGGAUGACGAUUCCUGCUUUGGCCAGCGCGACCACGUCUGAUAAAAGCUUCACCAAAAAGUAUGAGACUCAUAAGUUCAUUAAAGGACGAGGAAGCUCAAAGACAUUUUAUCCUGUGGUCUUCAACGACAUCAUGGGACUGGAAGACGGAACCAACAGGGGAGUUCAUGCUGACGACAUCAAACUGGCUUUGAGAGGACAUGUGAGGGAAGGCCACAAGUUCAACCCAGUUGCUCCUCUAACUCAGGAUGACCCAGGCUACAACCCGACUCCCUUUGCUGAUGACAAAGUUCAUGUCCUGGUCUGUGUGAUGUCAGCCAACACUCCACAGAUGAAAUCAUCAGUUCUGGAGAAGAUGAAGAGCAUCAGAGAAACAGCCAGUGACCUGGGAAUUCCUCAAAUGGCCAUGAUGACACACAUCGAUGAAGCCUGCGGUGAAACUGAAAGAGACUUGAGGAAUGUCUACAAGAGCAAGCAUCUGAGAAAAAAGAUGAAAGACUUCAGCUCAGCAGUGGGAAUCCCCAUGAACUGCAUCUUCCCUGUGAAGAACUACAGUGAAGAAAUCGACAUGAAUGAUGAUAUUGAUGCUCUGGUCCUGAGCGCUCUGAGRAAUAUGAUCAACUUUGGAGACGACUUCAUUGAGAGGAUUUAAACUGAGAACUUUAAUUUUAGUAUCCAGUUUUGGAGACAAGAGGCAA